AUGUCGACACCACAGAAACCAUGGGCCAUCAUAGUCGGAGCCGGGCCCUCGGGUCUCCUGCUCGGUCUGAUGCUGGCGAAGCGCGGUAUCCCAGUGCAACUGAUCGACAAGUCCGACAAGCUAGACGAGCAACCCCGAGCAACACACUAUGGACCCCCAGCAAUGACUGAACUGCGGCGCGCCGGCGUGGCUGACGACCUGCGCGAGCAAGGAUUCCAGCCCGACGGCGUGUGCUGGAGGAAGCUAGACGGCACAUACCUCGCCGGGCUGAACAUGAAACUUAUGGCCGACGAUCCGGACCGCAUGGUCUGCCUGCCGCUGAACAGACUGGGCAGGAUCCUCAUGGAUCACAUUGGCCGACAGCCGACCGCGACGGUCUCGUGGAGCCACGAGGUCAAAUCGAUCGGCCAGGACGAGAACAAGGCCUGGGUCACCGUGCAGACGCCCGACGGCGAGAAGACGCUCGAGGCAGAGUAUAUCAUCGGAUGUGAUGGCGCGAACAGCCAAGUCCGUCGGUCCCUGUUCGGCGACUGGGAGUUCCCCGGCAAGACAUGGGACGAGCAGAUUGUGGCCACGAAUACAUACUACGACUUCACGCCCUACGGGUGGCAUGACUCCAACUUCAUCAUCCACCCGGAGCACUGGUUCAUGGCGGCGCGGAUCGGCAAGGACGGCCUCUGGCGCAUCACGUACGGCGAGAUCCCCGGCCUGACGACGGAGCAGCUGCGGGAACGCCUCCCCGCCAAAUUCAAGGCUUUCCUCCCCGGCCACCCAGACCCGGACCAGUACAAGGUCGUCAACUUCAGCCCCUACAAGAUCCACCAGCGUCUCGCGCCUAGCAUGCGCGUCGGCCGCUUCUGCCUCGCCGCCGACGCGGCCCACCUGUGCAACCCGUUCGGCGGGAUGGGGCUGACGGGCGGGAUUGUGGAUAUCGGCGGCCUGUACGAUUGCCUCGUAGGCAUCUAUGACGGCGUGGCCGACGACAAGAUCCUCGACCUCUACUCGCAGGUCAGGCGGCAGAAGUACUCCGAGGUGGUGGACCCGAUCUCGUCGGCCAACAUUGUCAGGCUGUUCGGGCAGGAUCCGGACAAGGCGCUGGAGAACGACGAGUUCCUCAAGACGAUCAAAAAGGCCGAGCAUGACGACAAGUUUGCCCGCGACUUCCAGGGCGCGGUCAACGUCUUGAAGCAUGAUUUCACGCAGUAUUAUAACAAGAACAAGAAAGAUCUGGACCCGGAGGCGGCACGGAGGGAUAGCCAGGUGGCGGGUGCGAAGGAGCCCGAAGUCGCCGUCAAAGUCAGCGCCGUGGGAGUGUCGGAUUGA